AUGCGCGUCACAACUUUCAUCGUGGGCCUCUUGGCUACCCUGGCCGUGGAAUCGUCCGCAAAGAAGAUCAACAUGUCGUGCAAGUUUGCCGCCGACAAGACGGGCAUGAUGCAGUACCCCUACUGUUGCCGCGACCUCAAGGCCGCGCGACACAAUCCCAAGGCCAACGAGGCUGAGGAUUGCGUUCAGUUGACCGAGCCCCAACUCUGCGAAGACCAGUCACGCCCGGCUUGCUGCUACACGAUUGCGCAGAAGAAGAUUUGCACUUCGCACGUUAUUUUCCAGGAUGCGGCCGACGUUUAA